AGAUUCCAAGAGCUAGAAGAUAAACAACUCUUAACAUUCCUUCACUACUUCACUUUCACUUUUUUCUUUGAGAACCAAAGAGAAAAGUAUAAAAAAAUUAAAAUUAAAAAGCUACAUCUUCAUCAGCAGCUCCUCAAAGAGAAGAAGAGAGAGACAUGUCUCUUCAACUGAAGGAAGGAUCAGUAGUGUCUGCUUCUUCUUCAUCUUCUUCAUGGAACCACAGGCUCAACAGCCAUGCCCUCAACCCUUUCCCUCUUCACAAGACUAGCAAAACUGAAGAAAGCGAUGAAGAUCUGUUCAGAGUGCCGGACAUGGAAGCGACGGCAGGCGGCGGAGGAGGAGGAGGAGGAGGAGGAGAGGCAGUGAUUUCAAAUGGGAAUACGAAGGCAGCAGGAAGCUUAAGCAAUGUGACAGUGACAGAUUCUCAGCUUCAGAGUGGAAAACGAAGAAGAGGAAGAAAUCCUGCUGACAAAGAGUGCAGACGCCUCAAGAGGUUGUUGAGGAACAGAGUAUCAGCACAGCAAGCAAGAGAGAGGAAGAAAGUGUAUGUGAAUGAGUUGGAAGGAAGAGCCAAAGAGUUGCAAGACCAGAAUUCCAAGUUGGAAGAGCGUAUCUCCACUUUGAUCAAUGAGAACACUAUGCUUCGUAAGGUUCUUAUGAACACAAGGCCUAAAGUUGAUGAAAGCAGUGAACCAAAGCAAGAUCAAUUAAGUAAAAACUAACAACCUAAAUAGAAGGUGCCUCAGAGUGAUCAACACAUCAAUUAUUCCUUCAUGCUACUAGAAAUUGAAAACCUGUCAUACCCUUUUCCCCUAUAUGCGUUCCCUAAUGAAUGAUUAAUUGAAGAUUAUAUAAUUAAAGAUAAUGACAAUGCCUACUUAGGUAGAUAAUUCCAAGCACAUAUUGUUCAUGAGAAUUCUUAGACAACAACUUUCAAUUUGUAUUGAUGAACUAUGAUGGAACCAAAUGUUCACUUUUUUUUUUUGGAAGUAAAAUAUAACUCUUAGUCUUUAAACUUU